GCCUAACCUCCCAAACUCACCUCUCGUUCGAUCAAUUGUUCUUUUCCCCCUUUUUAUUUUCAGAUUUUGAUUUCUCUCUCAAUAUCAGAUAUACACACACAAUUCUGUUUUCUCUCUCUCUAAAAGAAAGGGAAUUUUAUACAAACGGUUUUUAUGGCGGAAUCGGUGGAGCUACCGGGUCGACUCGCAAUUCUCCCCUUUCGGAACAAAGUAUUGUUACCUGGUGCGAUUAUUCGUAUUCGAUGCACUUCACCCAGCAGUGUGAAGUUGGUUGAACAAGAGCUAUGGCAGAGGGAAGAGAAAGGAAUUAUUGGCAUUCUCCCAGUUCGUGAUGCUGCUGUAGAGGCUCCGUCGGCUGGUUCCACGUCGUCUGCAGGUGGGGGAACUAAUUUAGGAGAACGAAGCUCAAAAACCCAAGAGGAAACAUCUGACUCCCACAAACUUGGUGGUAAGAAUCAACAGGAAGUCAUACACUGGCAUAAUAGAGGAGUUGCUGCCCGAGCUUUACAUCUAUCAAGAGGAGUGGAGAAACCUAGUGGGAGGGUUACCUACAUUGUUGUUCUUGAAGGUUUGUGCAGAUUUAGUGUACAAGAGCUGAGCACAAGAGGAACAUAUUACACUGCUCGGAUCACUCCCCUAGAGAUGGCAAAAGCUGAGAUGGAUCAAGUGGAACAAGAUCCAGAUUUUGUUGCGUUAUCCAGACAAUUCAAGGCCACAGCCAUGGAGCUUAUUUCUGUUCUUGAGCAGAAACAAAAAACAGGAGGGAGGACGAAAGUUCUCCUGGAGACAGUUCCUGUGCACAAAUUAGCUGAUAUUUUUGUCGCAAGCUUCGAGAUUAACUUUGAAGAGCAAUUAUGCAUGUUAGACUCUGUUGAUGUGAAAGUGAGGCUUUCAAAAGCAACUGAGCUUGUUGAUAGACAUUUACAGUCGAUUCGUGUUGCAGAGAAGAUCACGCAAAAGGUUGAGGGACAAUUAUCGAAGUCACAAAAAGAGUUUCUCCUCCGUCAGCAGAUGAGGGCUAUAAAGGAAGAACUUGGAGAUAAUGAUGAUGAGGAGGAUGAUGUGGCUGCUUUGGAGAGGAAGAUGCAAGAUGCAGGCAUGCCAGCAAAUAUCUGGAAACAUGCUCAGAGAGAAUUAAGGAGACUAAAGAAAAUGCAGCCCCAGCAACCUGGAUAUAAUAGCUCUCGUGUAUACCUGGAACUUCUUGCUGACCUGCCCUGGCAGACAGCCAGUGAAGAAAGGGAACUGGACUUAAAGGCUGCAAAAGAGCGUCUCGACAUUGAUCACUAUGGACUAACAAAGGUCAAGAAGCGGAUAAUUGAAUAUUUAGCUGUUCGAAAGCUCAAACCAGAUGCACGAGGUCCAGUAUUGUGUUUUGUUGGUCCACCAGGCGUUGGAAAGACAUCUUUAGCUUCAUCAAUUGCUGCUGCUUUAGGCAGAAAAUUCAUCCGCAUAUCCCUAGGUGGAGUUAAAGAUGAAGCUGACAUUAGAGGGCAUAGGCGUACAUAUAUUGGGAGUAUGCCUGGGCGUUUGAUUGAUGGACUGAAGAGAGUAGGUGUUUGCAAUCCAGUUAUGCUGUUGGAUGAGAUUGACAAAACAGGUUCUGAUGUUCGGGGUGAUCCAGCUUCAGCGUUGCUUGAGGUCCUUGAUCCUGAGCAGAACAAAACCUUUAACGAUCAUUAUUUAAAUUUGCCAUUUGACCUUUCGAAGGUUAUUUUUGUGGCUACUGCUAAUAGAGUACAACCUAUUCCUCCGGCACUCCUAGACAGGAUGGAAGUCAUUGAGCUACCAGGAUACACACCUGAGGAGAAACUUAGAAUAGCGAUGCGGCAUUUACUUCCACGAGUUCUUGACCAGCAUGGCCUGAGCUUUGAUUUCCUUCAAAUUCCUGAGGCUAUGGUAAAACUUGUCAUUCAAAGGUAUACUAGGGAAGCUGGUGUCCGUAACCUAGAGAGAAACUUAGCUGCCUUAGCUCGUGCUGCAGCCGUUAGAGUCGCCGAACGAGAUCAUGCUGUGCCGCUUACCAAAGAUGUCCAGCGGUUGGAUUCACCACUGUUGGAUGGUAGACUGGCUGAUGAGGCUGAAGUGGAAAUGGAAGUGAUUCCAAUCGGGGUUGACAAUCAUGAUAUCUCAAAUGCAUUCAGGGUUGCCUCACCUUUCAUUGUGGAUGAAACUAUGCUUGAGAAACCCCCUAAAUAUGAUGAUAAAGAAACUGCUGAGCGAGUUGCGACUCCUGGGGUAUCGGUUGGACUUGUAUGGACAGCUUUCGGAGGGGAGGUUCAAUUUGUUGAGGCUACUGCAAUGGGUGGAAAAGGAGAGUUGCAUCUCACAGGCCAACUUGGGGAUGUUAUUAAGGAGUCAGCACAAAUUGCAUUAACAUGGGUAAGAGCAAGAGCAACAGAACUUAAGUUGACUACUGCUGUGGAGAGCAAUCUCCUUGAAGGGCGUGAUGUUCAUAUACACUUUCCUGCUGGGGCAGUACCGAAGGAUGGACCUUCAGCUGGUGUGACUCUCGUUACUUCUUUGGUUUCACUCUUCAGUCAGAGGAGAGUUAGAGCAGAUACAGCAAUGACUGGGGAGAUGACUUUGAGGGGCUUAGUCUUGCCUGUAGGUGGCGUCAAGGAUAAGGUUUUAGCAGCCCAUCGAUAUGGAAUUAAGAGAGUUAUUCUACCUGAGAGGAACUUCAAGGACUUAGCAGAGGUGCCAGCAGCUGUGCUCUCUAGCCUGGAGAUAUUACUUGCAAAGCGGAUGGAGGAUGUGCUGGAACAGGCUUUCGAAGGUGGUUGUCCUUGGAGACAGCAUUCAAAAUUAUGACCAAUCCUUUCAUUCUAACGAUCGUCAUAAUUAUUGGACAAUGAUUAUGAUGAUGUCCAGACUUAAUUCCACUGCCGAGUGUGAUCAAUUGUACGACAGAUUCUCUUGUAAGCUCAAGGUUUCAAGCAGCUGCUGGAAACUAUCUACAGGAUACGUUUUUGGAUUCAUGCCACUGUAAUAUAUAUAUACCAUGGAAAUCUUGCAUGCUCUUUCUUGCCCUCAGAAAGUUGUGUUUGCAAGAAUGUUAAUUAUUUAUUUUCCUGUAUUCAUGUUGAUAUGAGGGGCAAAUGUACAAGUUCAUUAAUGAGAUCAUUGCGUUGUUUAAUGCCUUGCUCUUUCU